GGCGAGGGCAGCAGCCCCGCGGACGUUGCAGAAGCGGCCGCAGCAGGGGCGGGUCAGCGGCGGGGUGCGGCGGAGAUCGAUCUGGACAUUGACCUGGCCAAGGGGGUGCUCAAAGUGGACUACAGCACGCGGGGGCUGCUGGGGCAGGGCGGCUUUGCGGCGGUGUACAAGGGGCGUUACAAGGGGCAGCGGGUGGCGGUCAAGAUGAUCAAGAAGACGGCGGGCUCCAGUCUGGCGGAUCUGCAGGAGGACAUGAACGCGCUGAUGCACGAGCUGCACAUCCUGCGCCAGGUCAACCACCCCAACAUAGUGACCCUGUUCGGGGGCUGCCUCAAGCCGCCGCACAUUUUCCUGGUGGAGGAGCGGAUGGAGGGCACCCUGGACUUCUACGUCCACCACGUGCGCAAACAGGACGCGCUCAGUGUGCGCGAGGUGGUGUACUUUGCACUGGACAUCGGGUGCGGACUGGCCUACCUGCACCCGCGCAUCGUGCACCGCGACUUGAAGCCAGCCAACGUGCUGCUCAGUCGGGAGGGGCGCUGCAAGAUAUCGGAUUUUGGAUUGGCGCGCACCAAGCUGAAGGAGUAUCUGAGCACCAAGAACCUGGACGCGGGCACCACCGCCUACAUCGCCCCCGAGUGCUUCAUCUCCAUGGACAACCCCGACCUGCACGACCUGAGGCGGGCCGUCACGGACAGAACCGACAUUUACGCACUGGGCAUCAUCAUGUGGGAAAUGAUGGCGGGCAAGCGGCCCUGGCAGGGACUUAAACCACUGCUGGUCGCAUACCAGGUGGCCUACCGCAGUCUGCGUCCGCCCGUGUUCGAGCUGGGUGCUCGCUGUCCUCCCCGGCUGCGGCAGCUCAUCGAGGACUGCUGGUGCCAGGAGCCCAAACAGCGGCCCAGCAGCCAGCAGGUGGUGGAUCGACUGAUGGCGGUGCUGAAUGAGUUGCCGCCGGAGCAGGACUUCGAGCCCCAACAGCCCGCUCCCGCUGUGCUGGAGCACCUGCCGGCGGCCAGCCCCGCAGCGGCAGCAGCAGCGGGAGGCGCCUCGCCGCGGGUGCAGCAGCAGCAGCACCAAUAGCACACCGCCCUAGCAGCCGUGCAACCGGAGGCGCAUGCAGCAGCCUGAAGGGUUGCAGCAGCAGCAGCCGUAACAGCAGCACCUUUAGGUUUGUGAGCUUGCUGGUCAACUCCUCUCUUCGUGCUGGUAAUUGUGUGCGGUUAGUUCCCCUGCCCGUCCGCCCUGUAGGGUACAGCAGUCAGGGCACCGGGUCUGGUUGGGCGGGCAAUGACAACCCAUAUGUGGCUUUGAGGGCACUGUGAGGUGCCGUAUUGCAUGUUCUUCCAAGCGAUCUGAACCCCCAACGAAAUGACGCGUGCAUGUAUGUUGUGUAUGAACUUGUAUUCGCUGGUAUUAACAACAGCUGCGACCAUGAUAUGGAUGUUGCUGCCGUGCCCUGUGACAGACGCCGUGUACUGAGAUGUAUAGUUAGUUUUAUAGAGGAAGCAAAACAGUAAAGCUGUGUUUGGCAAUGAACCCGCUAUCCUUUACCGUUCUGUGUUGCUGCAUUGUAUUCUGCUUUCCAGUACGACCGCGGACGUUCUGUUCUACACUUUUUUGCGUGGCUGUUGAGUCGAUUCAAGGAUGAUGCACAAUGAUGUGCUAGGUCGCUCCGCACGGGUGCAUCCAGGUGUGAUGUAUUGAAGGAUGUCCGGAUGUUUGGCUGGGACACCCGAAAGCUAGUGGUAGCAAGGCUGUCGGUGCUGCUCCUGUCGACGAGCGAAACGUGACAAGCUGCACCCUAACCAGCAGCUAUGUGAUUGGCAAGUGCCGUUCAUCGGAGGCGCUCUCGGAGGCCUGCUGUAUUUGCCCAUACUCGACUUUACCGCGGCUGCAAUCUGCCCGUGUGCGUGUGUAUAGGACCUUGAUGCUACUUGUCGUCGAAUACUUUGCUGACGUGUCGACCUGUUGUUGCAUCGGACGUGUACAGGGCACCGUAUUGCCAGGGGAGCUGGUGGACUCCUUUUGGUUGUCAAUGAACCCUUGACGGAAGAUCUGCCCAGCUGCUCCACACAGGUGGAUGUUCACGGCGCGUCACAUACUCGACGCCUAGCAAUGUCUGAACUGUUGUAUCUCUUUCUGCUACCAAGCUGUAACCAAUGCCCCGCCGUU